AUGAGAUUGCCAUGCUUCCCAAUGUCUAUUGUUCAAUGCUCUCUGGAGAUGAACCUUGUUGGGUGCCUUCGAUCUCGCGUGAUGGUGUUUUGGUUGCGAUGCCCUAUGUCUAGCCAGGCUAUGGGUCCCUCUCAGGGAUUGACUGUUCUGCGUCGCUUUCUCAGACCCAUGUGGGAGGUUCCCCUGUCCCUUGUUGUUUUUGUGGAUCUCAAGAAGAAGGGCUCUGUGUGGUCUUGGCAAAGUAUGGCUAUUUUGGAGAGGUUGUCCUCUACUCAUUCCCCUUAUUCUCUUGGCUCUACCUUGGCUAGAGUUUGCUCUCUAUUGAAGAUGGAGAGGAUCUAUUUGGAUGUGAAUGGUUUGUCCGGGCCCUAUACCAUUUCUUGUGAGGGAGUCUUUGUGUUUCUGAGGGAUCUUCCUCUCAAUCUUGAGACUGGGUUGGUCAAAUUUUUCCCUAUUCUAGUUUGCCCUCCUUCUAUGGUGGAGGAGAUUUUUCUUUGCUGGUCCAUGACUAUUUUAUGGGUGUUUUUGAUCUACUCUCUUUCCAGCCUAUCUGAAGUGGCCCUUUCUCCCAUAGAGGUGGAGAUUUGGUGGUUGGCAGCAGUCGAGUUUCUGCUUGCUAUGAGAGUGUCUUCGAGGCUGAAGUUUUGCCUUCUUUCUAUUCCUAUUGAGGUGGACCUCUUCCCUAUCGAGGUGGGGAGAUGGUGGGAGAAGGUCUUUUGGGUGAGGAUGUUGCUCGAGUUGCUAGUUGAGGCCACCUACCAUUUCUUUCAUGGUCAGGGCUUAGUUUUUUUUAACCAUGCUUUUCAGUUUCUUCUGGGGCUGCUGGAUGCUAGCAAUUUUAAAGGGCCCAGCCUGGCCAAUGUUGGUUUUUGGUUAAGGGUUAGUUGUACUAUUGCGACUACAAGUCCUGGAAAGAUAAUGGCAGGCAGAAGACGUUCAGGAGAUUUCUUUGAUUCAAUUUCAAGCGGCUUUCUACCAGCCUUGGGAAGCUUAGCUCAUGACAGUAAUAAUCCUCAUCUUCAAAGGAAAUGGAUCGUUCAUCAUCAUAACAAGCAUUACAGAUGGUGGCGAAACUGGCUGAUUGUAUUGGUGGUGUAUACUGCGUGGAUUUCACCAUAUGAGUUUGCAUUUACCAAAGUGAAUGAAUUUAUUCCAUUGUUUGUGGUGGAUAAUAUUGUCAAUGUCUUCUUUGCAGUGGACAUGGUCUUAACAUUCUUUGUGCCAUACCUUGACAAAACAACCUACUUGCUUGUGGACGAUGUAAAGAAGAUAGCUAUUCGGUAUAUUUCGAGAUGUUUUAUAUUGGAUUUGGCUUCAACAACUCCAUUUCAGCUUAUUUAUAUAAUUUUUACUGGUAAUAGACACAGUUUAAGCCAUAAAAUAUUUCUUCUCCUCAAUAUGUUGCGGCUAUGGCGGUUGAGAAGAGUUAGCGAUUUGUUUACCAGGCUUGAGAAAGACAUACGGUUCAGUUAUUUCUGGACUAGAUCUGUAAAACUGAUCUGCGUAACACUAUUUUCUGUCCACAUUUUUUCCUGCUUCUAUUAUUCUCUUGCAGUGAAUUACUCGGGUAAAAGAAUAAAUGAACACACAUGGGUUGGUUAUGCUAAAGCUAAUAGAAAUAUAUCUGUGGGAUACGUGGCUACCAUAUACUGGUCUGUCACCACUCUAACCACUGUUGGGUAUGGAGAUCUACAUGCGGUGACCAUGCAGGAGAAAGUGUUUACAAUGUUUUACAUGCUCUUCAAUCUGAGUCUCAGCGCCUAUUUGAUAGGAAACAUAACUACCCUUGUUGUACAAACUGCACCCAGAACCCUUAUGUUUAGGGAUACAAUUCACCAAGCUUCAAAAUUUAUGGCCAAACACCGUUUACCAGAAUGGUUGAAGGAUCAAAUGAUGGCGAACUUCAGACUAAGAUUUAAAACAAGAGAACUACAGCACGAAGAAGCUUUGGCAGAUUUUCCUAAAACACUUCGCUCUACCAUUGCCCAUCAUCUCUUUUUAACAACAGUUGAAAAUGUUUAUCUUUUUAAUGGAAUUCCUCGUGAUAUACUGCUGCAAUUCGUUGCAGAGAUGAAAGCAGAGUACUUUCCCCCAAAAGUGGACAUCAUUUUAAAGAAUGAGAAUCCCACUGAUUUUUAUAUUUUGGUUUCAGGGAUAGUGGAGAUAUACACAAAUGUCAAUGGAAGUGAAAAGCUUAUAGCAAAACAAGACACCCCAAAUUUGAUUGGAGAGAUUGGAUUUAUGUUAAAUAUCCCACAGCCUUUCGGCGUAAGAAGUAAGAUACUUUGUCAGCUCCUUCGGUUGAGUCGCCAUGAUUUUAUUCAAAUUGUGCAGACAUAUUUUGAGGAUGGAAAGAUUAUGGAGGAAAACUUCCUGCAGCAUCUGAAAGGACUCAACCAGUCAAUGAUGGAAGAGUUAACAUCCAUAGUACACUUGCCAUUUCUGGACGAGAAUACAGAUCAUGAAGAGAAAACAGAGAGUAAAAAUUAUUUUGAUGCAGUUUUCUCUCAUCAUAAUCGAACUUACUUAACUCAGGGUGAAAGGAAAGAGCAAAAAUUCCCCAUACAGAGACGAGUGACAAUACAUUGCUAUCAUCCAAAGGAGUAUGAGCAUGAACCUUGCAAGUUACAGUAUAGUCCAGAGAAGAUUGGAAAAUUAAUUCUGUUACCUAAUACAGUGGAGGAGCUUAUCAACAUAGCAGAGGAAAAAUUUGGGAAGGCGAAUAGGAGUCAUGUCAUGGACAUGGAUGGAUCGGAGAUCGAUGAUUUAGAUGUGGUCAGAGAUAACGAUCUUCUAUUUGUGUGCUAA